AUGUCUGAGAUUCCGAAUACUUCCAUACCUGCAGACUACCUCGAGCGUGUCUAUGCCGGAGUCUUGGGCAAGAUCAUCGGCGUCUAUCUCGGCCGUCCGUUUGAAGGAUGGAGUCAUCAGCGAGUGCUUGAACAACUCGGGCCGAUCAACUACUACGUGCACGACAAACUCGACGUGCCGCUCGUGGUCACGGAUGAUGACGUGUCGGGCACGUUCAUGUUCGUCCGGGCGCUGGAAGAGCACCCGGACAAUGGCGGCGCCGACAUCACAGCCAAAGACAUCGGACGGACAUGGCUGAACAAUGUCAUUGAACGACGCACGAUCUUCUGGUGGGGAGGCAACGGCAUUUCCACAGAGCAUACGGCCUAUCUCAAUCUCAAACGCGGCAUACCCGCACCGCGGAGCGGUUCGAUCCAGCAGAACGGCAAGACGGUGGCGGAGCAGAUUGGCGCUCAGAUCUUCAUCGACGGAUGGGCGCUGGUCGCUCCAGGAAACCCUGCUCUUGCAGCGAAACUCGCCAGGGCAGCUGGCGAGGUCAGCCACGAUGGCGAAUCCGUGCACGCGGCCACGUUGUGGGCGGCGAUGGAGGCCGAAGCAUUCAAAUCCAGGGACGUCACGCACCUUCUCGAGACCGGGUUGUCCUUCAUCCCUCGAGACUGCUUGAUUGCGAGGGUCAUUGCCGAUGUGAGGCAUUGGGCCAAGAGCGACGAGCACGACCAACACCAACAAGACUGGCUAAGGACACGACAGCGCAUUGAGGACAGGUACGGAUACGACCAGUUCUGCGGCAUGUGCCACGUCGUGCCGAACCACGCCGUCAUGAUCAUGACGCUCUUGUACGCCCGAGACUUCCACGAGGCGAUGCGCAUGAUCAACACGUGCGGGUGGGACACAGACUGCAAUUCCGGCAACGUCGGCUGUCUCUUCGCCCUGAUGUACGGCCUCGAGGGAUUCGAAGGCGGCCCGGACUGGAGAGGUCCGGUAGCGGAUCGCGCCCUGGUGUCGAGUGCCGACGCCGGGUACGCGACGAACAACGCCGCUCGAAUCGCCUAUGACAUUGUGAACAUGGGCCGGAAGCUGGCCGGCGUGAAACCGCUGGAGAACCCGCAGGCACAAUUCCACUUCAGCCUCCCCGGGAGCGUGCAGGGCUUUGAGAGUGAUUCCGGGUCGAAUACCAAAGUCGAGCAGGGAGAAAAGGGACUCUGCAUCGUGGUCGACGGCGACACAGACGUUACGACGCCCACGUUCAGACCAGCCGACCUGGCGAAGAUGAAGACGUAUGAAUUCGUCGGAUCUCCGCUGGUUUUCCCUGGCCAGAAGAUCCGCGCCGUGGUGGAAGCAGCUGACAGUGCAGCAGCUGUCCAAGUGCAGUUGAAGACAGAUCUCAGCGAUGGACCCGUGACGAGACUCGCCGCGGACGGCGGUCAACACGUUCUAGAGUGGGAGGUGCCUCCUACCGCCGACGGGAACCCCAUCUCGAGACUGGGACUGCGCGUGUCUGGACAAGGAAGAGUAUACCUCCGAAGCCUGGGGUGGUCGGGGGUGCCUCGAAUGACGCUGAAACAUGACGUCCUGGGCUGGGUGAACGGCGCCAGCACCUUCCACACCGGCUUCGGCACCGGCUUCUACGUCGCCCAAGACCAAGGCGAAGGCAUCGUGAUCUACGGAAACAGAGACUGGACGGGCUACCGAGUUUGCGUGGACCGGGUGCAGGUCAAUCUCGGACAGGCCGGUUUGGCGAUCAGAGUACAGGGUCUGCGCAGGUGGUACGCCCUCGUGUUGAUCAAGCCUGGCAAGGUGGCGCUGGUCAAGGCCGUGGACGAGAAGAGGAUCGAGCUUGCAACGGCAGAUUUUGACUGGAGUCUUGACGGCCAGUAUGCCGUCAGCCUCGAGGCGGAGGGAGAUAGCAUCAAGGCGACAAUCGGCCAUGUCAACCUUGAAGUCAAAGAUGGCUCGUACCCGUAUUCCGGCGGCGGCGUGGGAUUGAUCGCUAUGGAUGGAUCGAUGGCCGCUUCAAAUAUGCACGUCAGUCCUAUCUCUUGA